CGCUCAACAAAGAAGUCCAGGAGUCAGAUUUUUGAAGAGGUGGUUGGUAGCUCCAAAGAGAAGAAAAACGAAUUAAUUGUCAAAGAGAAGACAACAGAAUUAGUUGUCAAAGAUAAGACAACAGAAUUAAUUGUCAAAGAGAAGGCAACACUUGAUUUAGGGUCCAAAGAGAAGACAACACUGAAGUUAACGGCCAAGGGAAAUUCAUGCUCAAAUAAGUUGGAGUCGAAAUCGAAGUCGAAGAACUCUAAGACGGCCAAAGAGAUGGUAGGUAGUUGUGAUCGUAAAACUGAAGAAUCAGCCGCCAAAAGUAAGAAGCAAAAUUUGGCAGACGACACAAUUCAAGGUCUUGGCCCAUCAUGCAAUUAUUUGAAGUUUAUCAUCAAUACGGCGCCCGGUGAUGUAUAUAAAAAUACUUCAAUCCCAUUGCCCGCUUCGGUUUGGCAUUAUGACGAAGAUCGACAAACUUAUGUAAAUGAGGUUGACGUUGAAGAGUUCCUUAGAGGGGCGUGCCUCAACAUUUCAGUGAUCCAAGUCUAUAUGAUGUGUUUAUUCCACGAACACACCUUUGCAUUUGACAACUCUCAGAUUGGGUUUGUUUGUCCCGAGGCAAUGUCAAGCUCUAGAAUCAAGGCCAACCCUCAGGCUGCAUCAAUGUAUUUGAAAGUAGUUUUCAAUGCUGAAAUUGAAAAGGAGAAGAAGGGUGAUCCUAACAUUACCAAGUGGUUUUUGAUCCCAUACCAUCAAGAAAAUCAUUGGAUUUUGUACGUGUUAGACCUACGUAGAGGUUGUGCGUAUAUUUUCGACUCUGCGAUAGGUUCCAACCGAGAAAAUAGUGCAUGGGGAAUCUUGUGUUUGGCAUACCAAGUGUACAAGUUUAAUGAUGGGAUUUGUCCGAAUAGAGCGACUAUGCAGGGGUUGAAAGGCUUCCAUGUAAAGUGUGCUCAACAAGUCGGCGCCCACGAGUGUGGCUAUUACGUUAUGAAGUUCAUGCAUGAAAUAGUCACGUUACACCAUAACACUGAUGAGCGGUUAGACAAUGCUUACACUCCAAGAAAUGCGCCUUAUACCGAUGAGGAAAUAGAUGUGGUUCGUGAGCAAUGGGCUAAGUUUUUUACAACCGAGUAUUUAUUUACUUAGGUUGUUUAGACACAAAGAUGGAAGCGUUUAUAUCUUCAUGGAUUUGGCUAGGGAUCGAGUCGAUUGGAAGAAAGUCAACACGACCUUACUUAAGGUUUGUAAUGCAUGAUCUAAAGGGACCUAAGUGGCUGGAUUAGAGACAUUUGUUAGAUUAGCUCUCUAGCCUUUUGUCUUUAGUUGUUAAUAUUAGUUGUAAUUUGUUAGACUAGCUAGGUGUUUAAAAAUUGUAAACAUACGUACUAUAUAUACGCUUUGCUCUGUUGGGUUAAUAUAAAU